GCUGAGCAUUAUGGAUGUGAGCCAAAAGUAUGUUUAUGUCAACAACAACAAGGUGUGUAAGCUGCAGAUCUCCAGCGCCGCCCUGCAGGACGCCGGCCGGUACUACUGCGUCUUCAUCAACCAUCAGAUGCUGCUGGGGGGGGGGCGGCUCCACCCUCUCCGUCACAGACUUGGUGCAGCAGAGUGCGGCGGUCCACCUCCUGCUUCCUGCAGACCAGCAUGUCGCACCCCCCCUCCCGGUGCCGCUGGUGUGUGUUGCAUCAGGGCUGGAGGAUCCGGGUCGGGCCAGGCUGGACUGGGAGGUGGACUGGGAGGGGGAGACUCUCAGUCCCAGAAUCCUCUCUGCCGGAGAGGCAGGAGUCGUCAGCGUGGUGGAGGUUCCUGCAGAGAUCUGGGCGGGGGGGCUGGAUGUGUCCUGCAUUCUGACUGACGGAGAGAUGGAGAUCCGGAAGACCACCAGGCGGACCAACGGAGAGUCCAGUGUGUUUCUGACCUGGUCACUGGGCGCAGUGUGUGUCGUCCUGCUUGUCGUCACGGUGACGCUCAGCUUCCUGUUGUCACGGCGACAGAGAGGACGCAAAAGAGAAUCCGGAGGUCGGGCGGAGCUCAGUGACGAGGUCGCAGCAGAUCUUCAGUAUGCUGCUCUGAGAUUCCAGGCUUCAGGCAGAAGAAACAUCAGCUCCUCUUCCUGACUUUACUGAGCUCAUGAAGAAUAAAGUGUAGGGUCCGUAUAUCUGAA